CGAUACGUAUUAACGAGGGUUAUCUUUAAUACACUGAUUAUAAACAGUAUGGUUUACGUAUAACACCCUUUCCUUUGGGGUUAUCGAGUGCACUUUUGCAUUUUACCGGCAAAACUUGUGCUUUUUCGCCUUAUAAAAGAGAGAAAACGUUGAUUAUUUUGACCAGUUUGGAGCAAUGGGUCUUGCUACGAAUGUGCUUACCGCCUUGCUGGUGUUCGUCGCUGCAACAACAGCGAUACCAGCACAUUUUCCUCAUGGAAAAACCGUAAUCUAUAAAUACUAUGCUGACGUUAAGGCAGGAACAAUUGAACCGGUACCAUAUGCAUCACAAUUUGGUCUACAAAGCGUUCUUUAUGUAAAACACGAUACAAGUGAUCCAACUUUGAACAAUGCUUAUUACAUAAAACUUAGCAAUUCUAAAUUUGGUUUGUUUAAUGGCCAAUCGGCACAUUACGAACGUGUCUCUAAUUUCAAUCCGAUCUUGGAAGCUUCUAAAGCUCUUGAAGAACCAUUCUUAGUUGUCUACGAUGAGAACGGCAAGUUUCAAGGAGUGAAGUUCCAAGAAAAUGAGCCAAUUUGGUCGAAAAAUGUGAAACAAGGAAUAGCCUCGGCACUUCAAUUAGAUUUUUCUUUGAUAAAACUUCAAACGCAACCGAUUAAACCACACAGUUUCAUUGUAACAGAGAACACCAUACACGGUGACUGUCAAGUGACCUACGAUGUCCAUCCGAAAGACCAGGUUAAUCCGCAAUCGAGUAACAUUUUCGUCGUCACUAAGUUGUACGAACCAAAUAAUUGCACCAACUUCGUUCAGAAAACUUUCGAUCAUUUGGAAUGCGAGAAAUGUUACGUAGAACCUGAGAAUUCUAUGAGUACCGCAAGUCGAAGAGUUUUCGAGGUUGAAAAUCAAGGAGAUGAAGUUCUCAUUACUAAAUUAAUUGGUCAUGGUGUUGUCAAUUAUUUCCCGUGGCAAGCUAGAUCUGAAGCUCAUUAUCUUUUGAACAAUCAAACUUUGGUUCUGGAGACUGUCGUACCACAAACACAAAUAAAUUUACCUGUCGUUAAUUUCCAAACAUGUUCUCUCGUACGCGACGUUAGUUUCCAAAAGCAUCCAGAGAACACACGUACGACUAGCGAAGAUCUUACUCAAGGAAGACAUUUAAUUAAUCUUGAAUUACUUAUUCCUAAAUUAAAGAAAAUGUUGAUCGAAGCUGCGGAUUAUCUUGAAGAAAAUCAUUUGGAAAUGAAAGAACCCGAUUGGAAACACGGUCAAACAGUCAACAGAAUUUUUAAUACAAUGAAACAUUUGGAUGUUAAAUCUCUCGAAGAAGUAUUUAAUUCUAUUCAAAAUCCAAAGACUCCAAAAGAGGUUUCUGUUAAGAACAUCUUCCUUCAAAUAGUUCCAACUGUUGGUACCGCUGCCAGUUGUCUUUUUACAAAGAAUGUUAUCGUUAAACACAAAGUCUCCGAUGGAAACGCUCUUAUGAUGCUCCAUAAAUUGCCAAUGCACAUACAAUCACCAAACGAACGACUCCUUUUGGAUUUGGAAGAUCUUCUUAAAUUAGAGUACGACGUGAGUAAGGAUGUUAAGGUUGCAAGCAUAUUAUGUUUCUCCAGGAUAAUUCACAAAACUUACAAGGAUAAAACGAUUAUCAAUCAAAUAUUAAUUAACAAAUAUCUCAAAGAUAUUUUCUACGAGCAUAUUAAAAACGAACCAACGUAUCAAAUGAAACUGGUUUACAUAUUGGCAUUGAAGAACGUACAGCUAAAACAGAUUCAUCCAAUUUUGGAACCUAUCAUCCGUGGCGAUUUAGUCAUCUCUGACAAACCUAAUCACAUUCGUGUAGCAGCUAUUUGGGCUAUUCAGAAAACGAUCAUAAAUGAUCUCCGUUAUGCUCACAAUUUACUUUGGCCAGUUCUCGCUGACACCAGUUUGCCAUUGACCGUCAGAAUUGCUGCUUACAAUGUUCUAAUUAAUCAAUUGCCACAUAUGGGACGUAUUAUGAAUCUUUACUGGCUUAUGGUUUACGAGAAAAACGAACAUCUCUAUAACUACCAUGUGUCAACCAUUAAAGGCUUAGCAAAUUCCGUUGAUCCUUGUCUUCGUCCAGUUCGAGAAAUGGCCAGAAAAAUUUUAAGAUUUACCAGGAUCAGAAACGUUCCUGGUCCUCUUUCUGUUAAUUAUUGCGUAGAUUAUGUUAAUCCCAAAUACGAAUUUGGUGAGACUGCCAAAGCAUCUCUUAUUCUCGAUGAACUUACUGGAAUACCGCAUGUUGGUUCUGUCGAACAUAUCUACAUGUUUGCCCGCAAAAGAACCGCCGUUUUUGGAAUUUAUUGGAGCGUUACUGGUUCGCAUGAAGUCAUGAAGAUGGUGACACAACUUUUACCUAAUAUUAAAAUUGCUGGAAACAUUGCAAAUGAGAAUGUUAAAAAUAUUCUUAAGAAAGUGGCAAAAGAUAUGCCAUUGGAUCAUGAUAUUAACGUGGAUCUUACCAUAACGAUUAACGAUCAAGUAGUCCAAACACUUCACUUAGAUAAAAAUAAUGUUGUUUCAGUAUUUGAUAAAAUUGAAAAUGUUGAGAGUAUCCUUUCCAAUGCUAAUAUGAAUAUACAGAACGUCUUAUACGAUACAUUCUACGAAAUGCAAGUACCUACUGAUAUGGGUCUUCAAGCUGUACUUUCCACGAGAAUCCCAGUUAUGUCGUCAGCGCAAAUAAAUACUCAUAUUACCAAAGAUAAUGCAAUUCUUAAUCUGGGUCUCAAAUUAGAUGCUCGAUUAUGGAGACACGGUGAAUACUUUAUGUCGAUCUAUAAUCCAAUCGCUGAUGUUUGGCAAUCUAUUCGUCGAGUUACUUCUAAUGAUAUUGCCGUACCUCUUGACAUAAAUAUCGUUUACAAUAAAGAAAUGUCUAGUCUCACAGUUACAUCGCAAAGACUACCAGUAAACAAAUAUUCGAUUUCUGGUCUAUUAACUCAUGUGAAGAAUUACGUUACUAUUACCGACGAUGAUAAUGAUGAAUUGAAGAAAAGUUGUGCUACUUGUCAUCAUCACGAAGUUGUCACAAAGGGUACAGAACAUAAGAAAAAUUAUCAAAGUACUUACGAUUCUGAGGAUGCUGGUCUUCAAUAUUCAAUGUCGAUCUUUGAUUGCGAGAGUACAAUUACACCUACUACUCAAAAGGCUAAUUGGAUAAAAGCAAUGUCAUCUGAAAACAAAAAUACUUGGGAUAGCAAGACUGUUCAAUGGAUCAUGGGAAUUCGUGAACAAUUAUGGGACAACUUAAUUUCCCCAGAAAUAGGCAGUUGUGGAAAUCUGAUCAAGAUUCAACCAAGUAUCUUACAUCCAACUUCGAGCAUCGAUGUAAGUUUGCGUGGGAAUAUUGAAAAUGUAGAUCAUAUGUUUGAAAAGAUGCAUCCUCUUAGCAGCAAGAAAUUAAACGUUCACGGUACCAUCGAUGUUAGAGCAGCAUCCACCAACACGACUGUUCGUUCAUGGGACCUUAAUGUUAAUUUUGAAACUAGUCAAGGUUACGUUAACAACAAUCUCAAAGUACAAAUUACUCGUGUCACACCAGGCGAAAAUAAAUUGAAGAUUUGCAUAGAUGGACAGCACAAUUAUCCGAUAAUCUCAGUCGACCCGUUGAAACUUGGCAUGACAAAAGAAGAAGUUAACACUAAAGUUUCUGUUACAAUGGGCCACACUAAUGACGACAAAUGUGUUCGCGAUGAUACAGUAGUAACGUUAACGAUGAAGAGCGAAUUAAGCGAAGAACAGAAGAAACAGAUGUCUUAUGAUAGCAUAAACGGUGCUUGCACUAAAGAUAUUCAAAAAGAAAUCUUCUCCACCAAGCAAGGACACAUUCCUAAAACUGAGAACUGUAUCCGUGAAACAAUCCUUUACACAACUAUGAGAAAAUAUACUGCAAAUAUUGUUUACAAGAAGAUACCUCAGACCAUUGUAUCCAAACUAACUAUGCUUGAGGAUUCAGUUCGAGCUAUUUUCUCACCUCAUGUUUCUUAUAAUACAAAUGUUGAACCUGGCAAGAUAAAAGUAAUCGUUGAAUGUCCAGUUGAAACUGAUAACGUAAACGUAUCCGUUGUCACACCAACUCACGGUUAUGAAAUUACUGAAUUACCAUUUGGUAACAAAUUGGCGACUAUGUGGAUGCUUAAUACUCACUUCCCAUUAAACUUCCUAAAUAACCUACUUACAGAACAAAUGAAAAUCUGUACUAUAUAUCCUCAAGUUCUUCUUACGGCCGAUAAGGGUGUUAUUCCUUACACCGUUUCUGAUCAAUGGACUUUGGUAUCUGGCGAUUAUGUACAUAACACUUAUGCAGUUUUCGUAAAGGUUGUUCAAAACAAUGUAUUUGCUAAAGUGUUCAUUGGAGAACAUGUAAUUGAAAUAGUUCCAAAAGAAGGCAAACCAGUAGUCACGAUUAAUGGUAACAUAGUUAAGCAGAUCGAGAAAGGUGUAGUAGAGCCUCAUGAUGCGUUAACCAAAUAUACUUUCAAGAUUACCAACCACUACGAACAUCUGAUUGUACAAACUCAUAUACCAUUUGAAAUAUUCUAUACUCCUAACAGCUUGACUAUUGCUUUAGACACUUCCCUUCAGGGUCUUGUCUCCGGAGUGUGUGGACACCUGGAUAAUACGCAUAAAGAGAAACUUCCUAAGGUCUAUAGUACCAUUGUUCUUUGAACACUAAAACAUAAUAUUUCUUAAUAAGUAAUUAUAUAUUUUCUUUUCAAAUUUCAUCUUAUGUUUAUAUUCACGUAUGAGUUUAAACUAAAAUUAUUAGAAUAAUUAGAAAUUAAGAGAAGAGAAUAAAUAAAAUUGUACAAUUAGA